AUGGAUCAAUUCGACUCAGAAGAUGAUGAUGAUCUAAUGUCUGCAGUAAUGGAACUUGAACAGUUGUGUGUUCCGGACUCCUUUCCAUUUCCAUUUACACCGUACAACAUACAGACAGACUUCAUGAAAAGCCUCUAUACGUGUCUCCAGAUGGGCAAGAUUGGCAUAUUUGAGAGCCCCACAGGGACUGGCAAAUCAUUGAGCCUCAUCUGCGGAGCCUUGAAAUGGCUGAGAGAUUUUCAAGCCCAGCAGAAACAGGAGCUGGAGGAGCUUCUGAGCAAGACAAGGUUAGGCCUACUAACUGCCAUGCAUAUCAUCAGAGGCCAGUCAAGAGGGUUCACAAUAAACUAUCGCCAAUGCCAGUUGACAAUGCACUCGAUGAUGAUGAUAAUGAUGAUGUUCUCUAUGUCAUUGUUGUCUUUUUUCUCCACAGAACUAGACUGGAUUCAGGAGUUUGCGAUUAAAAAAGAAAAGGAAGAAAAAGUGGCUAAACUUAAAAACGAGCAGCAGCACAUUGAGAAAAGGGAAGCCAAGUUAAAAGAUCUACAAAACUCCAACCCUGUUACCAGAAAACGAAAGCGCAAGUCCAAAGAGGACUUGCAGUUUGAGGAUCUGAUGUCAGGGGCCUCUGAGGAUAUCAAAAAGGCUUGCCAGGAGGAGCUGCAGGCUCUUGAAGCUGAUCAGAACGAGCUUUUGAUAGCAGACUAUAAAAGUGAUGACGAAAGUGACGCAAACAAGGAGGAUACAAACAAGGAGGAGGAAAGUGAGGAGGAACAUGUUACAAAAAUUUAUUACUGCAGUCGGACUCACUCCCAACUAUCUCAGUUUGUAAGGGAGAUAAUAAAGAGUCCAUUUGAAGAUGUUAGAGUUAUUUCACUUGCAUCAAGACAGAACAUGUGUAUCAACCCGGCGGUGAGAAAACUGACCUCCCUGGCUCUCAUCAACGACCGAUGUCUUGAGCUGGAACAGAAGAAGAGCAAGAAGAGGCCGGGCUGUCCCUACCACAAGCAAGAACUAAUCAACACAUUGAAGAACAAAGCAUUGCUGGAAGUAACUGACAUUGAGCAGCUAGUGACAUCUGGCAGAGAAAUAAAGGCCUGCCCCUACUAUGCCGCUAGAUAUGCUAUACCUUUGGCCGAGAUCGUGGCUCUACCAUACAAUACACUGCUGCACCGGCAGACGCGAGCAGCCUGUGGAAUCAAACUAGCAGGCAGCAUAGUCAUCAUAGAUGAGGCUCACAAUCUCCUAGAAACGAUCAACAGUAUCCACAGUGUGGAGAUCACGGCAGCUCAGGUUAUCAAGGCCCAUUCACAGCUGAGUCAGUAUGAGAACAAGUUCAGAUCUCGGUUGAAAGCCAAGAACCUGCUCUAUGUGAGACAAAUCUUGUUUGUCUUGUCCCAUCUGGCAGAAAUCAUAGGGGGUAAGUUGGCUUGGGAAGUACCCUGGGUUUCAUAUCAUUACAAUAUAAACACGGAAAUCAAUUUACUCACCAUCAACAACUUUCUGUUCAGGUGUCGCCUGGACAACUUCAACAUGUUUAAACUUUUACGCUACUGUCGACGGAGCCAAAUCAGCAAAAAGCUCCAUGGUUUUGUAGACAAGUAUCAGGAAACAGAAGUGAAAACAGGAUCAAAACUGGACCCUCCAUUGUCUGGUGUCAGCAGAUUUCUGCAAACAAUCCAAUCGUCCAAAGGAAAACCACCUGCCCUGAAAUCACCAACAGAAGACCCGUCUGUGGGUGCCCAGUCAAAACCAGGCUACAUGAGCUCUCCGUUGAUGCAGAUAGAAAGCUUCCUGGAUGCACUGACCACUGCUGACCAGGAUGGACGAGUGGUUGUCAACAGACAAGUUAUUUUGAGUCACUCAAGCCUCAAAUUCCUCAUGCUGAACCCAGCUAUUCACUUCAUAAGUGUCCUGCAGGAAGCCAGAGCUGUUGUUGUCGCUGGAGGAACUAUGCAGCCGGUGUCAGAGUUCAAAGAGCAGUUAUUCCAUGCUGCAGGCAUAUCCCCCGACAGAGUCCUAGAAUUUUCUUGUGGUCAUAUAAUUCCUGGUCACCAGAUACUUCCAAUGGCUGUCUCAAAAGGCCCAACAGGCAUAACCCUGGAUUUUACUUAUCAGAACAGGGAUAAAGUACAUCUG